AUGCGGCAGCUUGAUUCAAUUAAUUCGAAGAUUACAGCCUAUCUGGCUGAAGUAAACCCCGAUAAAUGGUCAAGAUUUCACAUGCCAACUAAUUGGUAUUCUAUAAUGACUUCAAAUAUAGUAGAAUCUAUGAAUGCAGUGACAAAAGCAGCGAAAAACUUCCCUGUUGUGGCUCUAUUGGAUUCUUUGAGACAGACUAUACAGUUUUGGUUCUGUAAACAUAGGGACACCGCGUGCGGCACUUUCACAAAGCUGUCAAGCAAUUACGAGAAAAUUUUGAGGGAUAUGAGUUAUGAUUUGAGAAACUUCACGAUAAUGUUUGUAUCUCCUACAAAUCAAACCAUUUUUCUGUUCGUGGUGAUAGCUCGUCAUUUAUUGUUGAUAUGGAACAACAUUGAUGCAUAUGAUUAUUGUUCAUACUUCUACACGAGGGAUGUAUACUUCAAUGCAUAUCAACACACAGUGUUUCCAGUUGGAAAUAUCAAUGAGUGGGCAAUAUCGAAUGAAGUUGUAGACAUAGUUGUCCUGCCACCAAACCAAAAAAGAAGUACAGGAAGGCCAUUCGAAAAGAGGAAGAGAUCAUCUUGUGAAGGGAAAAUCAUAGUCAAGUGUAGACGUUGUGGUGGAAAUGGUCACAAUAGCAGAACUUGUAGCAGUUUGGCUCCAUUAAGUUAA